CGCAUCCGCUCCAUAAUAAGUUAAUAACAACAGUUCGGUUAAAGAAUCUGCAGCUGUUAGAAAGUACAGUACCGAAUAUCUGAAAUUCAUUAUGUUAUAUUUAUGUAUGUCAGUAUGUGAACAGUGAAUACGGUGCAAUCUAGAAGGUCGCCCACGAAACGAUGCUGUACGUCGAAGCAAUCUGCACACAGUUCGGCCGCGGUCAAGUUGGAACAGUUCACUAAAAAAUCUCUCUAUUGGGAAUUACGACAAAUUUCUUUAUAACAUCCAACAAUCCGGCAGAGUGUGGAGUGUAUUUUUUUGGCAAACAGUUUUUUUCUGGUUGUUGGAUAUGGAGAGCGGUGUGUCAGGCUGUCAGUCAGCCGAGAAGCUGCUGGUGGAUGUACGGGAUUGUCGGCCGCUGAUACACGAGUGCAUCUACAAAGGUCGCUACUAUCUCGCCAUGACGAUGGUCGAAGCUCUGCUGGACAGUUAUCAAAUGGACCCAGAUCUAACUCAAGAUAACUGGCUAUGGCGGAUGCUACUGAUCGUGCUGGUAAAUGUUAAGGAGAAGGACACCGACCGCUGCUACCGUAUCUUGCGAUCCGUCGUAGAUGCUGGGAAAGCGAGAGAACACGGGCGCGAGGAGCAGCUAAUCGCCUGCUACUUUGUUUUAAGGAAUUUCGGGCGGGAAAAAGUUGCGUUGAAAUUGUUAAACGAGCGCCAGGCAGCGAUCGCUGUGCCCAGCGUCCUUCCCAGCGAGGCACCCGAUAUAUGCACGCGCCUCAGCGUUGAAUGGCGUGCCCGCCUGCAGAUGCUGCGCGUCAUGUCCAACUGUUGGAGGGCGCCGGAGGAGCCGGAUGCGGAUGCCGGUUUGGAGUUGUACCUGCCACCCGGGGCGGACAGUCCCGAGGACAUCCACCUGCCGGCACUGGCCACCGACGGCACCGUGCCGGGUCUGUCGGACUUCUUGAACAUGUCCGCCAGCCGCUUACGGGAGCUGGAUAUGUCCGCCAUGACGGAGAUGUUCGCCUGCUUCAUCCAGGCCACCGAUGUGGACGACCAAUUUGUCGUGUUCUUGUCCCAGAUUCUGCAAAUGGCCGACAAAAUUGAGACGCUGCUGACUGUUCUGUCGAGGUAUGCCGAGCGACAUCCCGACCUGCCAUGGGCGGCAGCCCACUUGGUGGAGGUGUAUGUGCACUAUUUCCCCCGGGACGUCCAGCGAAGAUGGCCGCACGUGACCCGCCUGGCACAGCUCGAUCCUUUCGGUCGCAGCGUCAACCUGUACUGCUGGGAUUUUCACUACAUGGGUAAAUAUGACACCGGCUACGACACGGAGGCCUUGGAAAUCCUGUGCAAUGCCCUGUGUCAGGAGCAUUACCGCUUUUCCCACCGGUGCUGGAAAGUCUUGGCAAGGAUUCUGCGCCGCGCUGAUUUGUCGAACGAAGAGUUGAAGGAUGCUUUGUGCGACGCCAUGAUGGACGCCGAGGAUUGGUGGACGCAGUACCACUUCCAGUCGGUCACAGUGCCCCGAGCACUGCAGUUGCCCGCCAAAAUUAAACAGCGAGUGCUGCUGUACAAAACGGAAGUUUGCAUUGCCUUAAUAGGAAAAGGAUCGGAAUUCGAAAGAGCUGCUGUGGAGCGUUUGAACGCGACGAGGGUAGCCCAGCUGAACAGUCAUCGCGAAAAGCUGCGCCAUUGCCACGACGGGGUCAGCCGGCGGCUCAGGGAGAGAACGAAGGAGCGUAAUCUGGCCAAUCUGGUCAAACCAGUCAAAUUCCCCGGGCCGGACGAAGACGAAUCAGGGGCUGAGCCGAAGCUGGACGACACUCUUCCGCCGAGCACCAGCCAGUACAAGAUGAUCCGUCCGGAAGCGGCACAACCAGCGAGCUCUACUCGGAAAAGAGGAAGACCUGCCUCACAGACUCUGUCUGCGCGCAAAAGACGUUGAUUCCGCGGAGGUGGGCAUGAGUUUUAC